AUGACUUGUGAUGGUGAUGUUCUGAUGCAUACAACGGGACAGCCUGGGGAGCCUCCAGUAGAAAAUGGUUGGAUCCCUUACCUUGGUUGUGCUCUUCAGUUUGGGGCCAAUCCUUUGGAGUUUCUUCGGAGCAGACAGAAGAAGCAUGGUCACAUUUUUACAUGCAAGAUCGCUGGGCAGUAUGUCCAUUUCCUUUGUGAUCCAUUCUCCUACCAUGCCGUCAUCCGCCAAGGAAGGCAUCUAGACUGGAAGAAAUUUCACUUUGAUGCCUCUGCAAAGGCAUUUGGUCACGAGAGCAUGGAUCCCAGUCACGGUUACACCACAGAGAACCUGCAUCAGACCUUCCUGAAGACCCUGCAAGGGGAGGCCUUGUCUCCUCUCAUUGAGACCAUGAUGGAAAACCUACAGAGCACCAUGCUGCAGUCAGGUGUGCUGAAGGCCAAACCUUCCGAAUGGCAGAGUGAUGGUAUUUUCGCCUUCUGCUACAAGAUCAUGUUUGAAGCAGGCUACCUGACCCUCUUUGGAAAGGAAUUGGAUGGAGACCAGAGCAUUGCACGGCAGCAGGCCCAAAAAGCUCUGGUACUCAAUGCACUAGAGAACUUUAAAGAGUUUGAUAAGAUCUUUCCUGCUCUGAUCGCUGGGCUCCCGAUUCACGUUUUCAAGAGUGCCUACAGCGCUCGCGAGAACUUGGCCAAGACGAUGCUCCACGAGAACCUCAGCAAGCGUGCCAACGUGUCUGACCUCAUAUGCUUGCGCAUGCUCUUGAAUGACACAUUAUCUAGCUUCAAUGAGCUGAGCAAAGCCAGGACCCAUGUGGCCAUGCUGUGGGCUUCACAAGCCAACACUUUGCCUGCAACCUUCUGGACCCUGUUCUAUAUGAUCAGAUGCCCAGUGGCCAUGAAAGCUGCUAGUGAGGAAGUGAGGCGAACAUUUGAAACUUCUUGUCAGAAAGUCGAUCCUGUGAAUUCUCGACUUGUACUUACAAGGGAACAGUUGGACAACAUGCCAGUUUUAGACAGUAUCAUUAAAGAGGCGAUGAGGCUGUCCAGUGCGUCCCUGAAUGUGAGAAUUGCAAAGAGCGAUUUCCUUCUUCACCUGGACAACAGCGAGUCUUACCACAUCCGAAAAGAUGAUGUAAUAGCUCUGUACCCCCCGAUGAUUCACUUUGAUCCUGAGAUCUAUGAAGAUCCUUUGACAUAUAAGUAUGACAGAUACCUUGACGAGAAUGGACAGGAAAAGAACAGCUUUUACCGAAACGGACGCAAACUUCGUUAUUACUACAUGCCCUUUGGCUCUGGGGUGACCAAGUGUCCUGGCCGCUUCUUUGCGGUUCAUGAAAUCAAACAGUUCCUGUCUCUGCUGUUAGCGUACUUUGAAAUGGAGCUUUUAGACCCUGAUGUGAAAGAGCCUCAGUUGGAUCAGUCUCGGGCUGGACUGGGUGUUUUGCAGCCCACUUACGAUGUUGACUUUCGAUACAGACUGAAAUCUCACUAGGAAUCUCACACAUUAAUUAUGGACUGUCGACUUAAACUGUAAAUAAUGUACAUUUUGCAUCAUGUCCAAGCAGACAAAUGUGAAUAGGUCUCAAUUGUCUUUCU